AAUCUUUGGAUAUAGGGAAUUCUACUCCAUCUAGGUGUUUAUGCUUCAGCUAUAUAAUGAUUUUUUUCUGUUAUUUUCUUAAUGUCCAGGAAAACAUUCCUUGAGUACAUAAAUCAUGUCAUAAAACUAGGGGAAACUCUUUUUGACUUACUAUCAGAAGCUCUUGGACUAAAAACCGACUAUUUGGAAACUUUGGAAUGUGCCAAUGGACAAGCGUUAGCAUGUCAUUACUACCCAGCAUGCCCACAACCAGAGCUAACUCUUGGCGCCGAUAAGCAUACAGAUCCUGCUUUCCUCACCAUUCUGCUUCAAGAUCAAAGUGGUGGCUUUCAAGUCAUGCAUAAUAACCAAUGGGUUGAUGUUGAACCGAUUGAACGAGGUUUGGUGGUUAAUAUUGGUGACCUUCUUCAGAUCCUAUCAAAUGACAAGUUUGUAAGUGUGAAUCAUAGAGUUGUAGCGAAUAAGGCAGGACCAAGAAUGUCAGUGGCAUGCUUCUUCACUGGUGCUUUUGAACCUCCAAAGAUGUAUGGCCCAGUCAAAGAGCUCAUAUCAGAAGAAAAUCCCCCUCUUUAUAAAGAAUUUACAGUAGGAGAUUACAUCACUAAGUUUUUCUCAAGACCACUCGAUACGUCUGGUCUUGACCUAUUCAGAGUGACAUGACUAAAGGGCAACCCAGUGCACUAAGCUCCCGCUAUGCGUGGGGUCGGGGAAGGGCCUGACCACAAGGUUCUAUUGUACGUAGCCUUACCCUGAAUUUCUGCAAGAGGCUAUUUCCACGGCUCGAACCCGUAACUUCCUGGUCGCAUGACAAUAACUUUACCAGUUGCUACAAGGCUCCCUUCACCGACAUGACUAUACAUCUCUAUAGUAUACAGAACAAUGUCAAAAUUUGUGAUUUGCUGCCCAUUAGUCUUUUACCAACAAUGAGUAAUAAGAGUGUUUUUGCAUUGUCCUUUGCACUACUAAAUAAACUUGUAGCCAUGUUUUGCUUCAUUUCUCUGUUAUGAAGUUGUCAAUAUACAAUCCAUGUUGAGUGUUCUGUAUUACCAGCUACUGUCAAUUAUUCAAUGCAUGAAAACAUUAUUCAA